AUGUUCCUCCCAAAGACCUCACUUCUACCCCUCCUCCUUCUCGUCUCAUCCUCAUCUUCCUCUUUUGUCAACGCUGAACCCGAUCGUCCUUCUGAGACAGACCAAGCUUAUACUAUCAUCUCUGACAAUAUUCACUCUUAUUCAGCCAUGUCUGUUGGAACCUACUCUCUUCCGGCGUUGCCGUACGCCUACGAUGCCCUUGAGCCCAGUAUCUCUGCUCAGAUCAUGGAGCUACACCAUUCCAAGCACCAUCAAGCCUACGUGACGAAUCUCAACGCCGCCCUCAAGAACUACGCCACCGCUACUUCGUCCAACGACAUCGCUGGUCAAAUCGCACUUCAGUCCGCCAUCAAGUUCAACGGCGGCGGCCACAUUAACCACUCUCUCUUCUGGGAGAACCUCUGCCCCUCAAGCUCACCAGACUCCAAGCCUGACAGUGCGCCUACCCUCAGCGCUGAGAUCUCCAAGACCUGGGGUGGCAUCGAGGCUUUCCAGGAAGCAUUCAAGAAGACGCUGCUGGGUCUGCAGGGCAGUGGCUGGGGAUGGCUGGUCAAGGAUACGCAGGGCUUGCGCAUCGUUACCACCAAGGACCAAGACCCUGUUGUAGGAGGGGAGGUGCCCAUUUUUGGUGUUGAUAUGUGGGAGCAUGCCUACUACCUGCAGUAUCUCAACGGAAAGGCUGCUUAUGUCGAUAACAUCUGGAAUGUCAUCAACUGGAAGACGGCCGAGGCUCGUUUCACUGGCUCCCGGGAGGAUGCUUUCAAGGUUCUGCGAGCUUCCAUCUAA